AUGCGCCCCAUGGUGUACAGCGGUGGCCCAGUGACGGCCAGCACGCCGCAGAAUUUGAUCAGCACGCUGCCAGCAGGUGCCCGAAUCGUCCGACCAGCUGAGGGCGUCCAAAACGCCCAGCCUCGGGUGGUGGCGCAGAGGCCGAACACCAUCGGAGGUCCAGCCUACUCACAGGGUGCCUACGAGGUCAAGCAUGAGAAAGACGCUCAACUGCAGAACCUGAAGGAGCUGCGCAAGACCAGCGGGUUGAAGCAGAUUCCAGUGGACGAAGGUUUGAAGACCUUCAAGAAGGCAGCUGUGGAGAGCCGUCUCACGCGUGAACAGUUUCUCCAGGCCUAUUCAGAACUGCUGGAGGCCAAAAGCAUCGAAAUGCCCAGCAAUGACGUGAAAAAUGCAGUUUUUGAUCUCUUUGACCGCGAUGACAACAACAUUGUGGAUAUGAUGGAAUUAAUUUGCGGCAUAUCCUUACUCUGCCACGGAUCUGAGGAGGACAAGAUUCAUGCCGUUUUCGGCAUCUUUGAUGAGAAUGGCGACGGCUACAUCUCCAUGGACGAGAUGUACAAGUUUCUGACAUCUGUUUUCAAGGUGGUUCUGACGCCAGUGGUCGUUGGCGCCAUGAACAGCAUGGGAGUAACAGUUGAGUCGGCUGAGGAUCUCGCUUCCGUGACAUCGCUAGAAUGUUUCAAGACGGCUGACCUCAACCAAGACGGUAGGCUGUCAGUCAAUGAGUUCAAGACCUGGUUCUAUGCACCCAGGAAUGAUCCUACGUUCAUGUUCUCGCCGGUCCGCAAACUGCUUCAGUGA